AUGGGCUCCGCCGAGAAAAAACAACUCAUCCUCAAUGCAUUCGCAAUGCAAUCCCCCUCCCACCUGAACCCAGGUCUGCAUCGCUACCCCAAAGACCAAGGUCACAACUACACGUCCCUCCAAAACUGGAUCCGCGUCGCACAGAAGCUCGAGGCAGCCAAGUUCCACGCCAUAUUUUUCGCCGACGUCCUCGGCGGCUAUGAUGUCUACAAGGGCCCCGCGAACCUCGACCCGACUAUCCCUGCUGGCGCGCAAUUCCCUAUCAAUGAUCCCCUGUACAGUAUUCCCGCUAUGGCUGCAGCCACUGAAACAAUUGCUUUUGGAGUGACCGCGUCGACGACAUACGACGCGCCGUACGCAAUGGCGAGACGCUUCUCCACUGUCGACCACUUAUCCAAUGGUCGGGUGGGAUGGAAUAUCGUCACGUCAUACUUGGAGUCCGCCGCGAGGAACUUCGGAUUGAAUACUCAGAUUGAGCAUGAUGAGCGCUAUCGCAUUGCGGAUGAGUAUCUCGAUGUCACAUAUAAGUUGUGGGAAGGGUCAUGGCGCGACGGAGCUGUGUAUAAGGGCGCCGAUCGCGAUGGAGUGAAAGGGUACGCGGAUCCCAAGGCUGUGAGGCAGAUCCAUCACAAGGGGAAGUAUUUCAAUGUCCCCGGGCCGCAUCUGUGUGAGCCGAGUCCGCAGAGGACUCCGUUCUUGUUGCAGGCUGGUACGUCGUCGGCGGGUAAGGCGUUCGCGGCGAAACAUGCCGAGGCGAUCUUUCUAAAUGGGCAGACGCCGGAGUUGGUCAGGCCUAGUGUCGAUAGUGUGAGGGAGCAAGCGAAAGCAUUGGGACGGGAUCCUGCUGGGAUUAAGAUUGUCGCGGGUGUACUGGUUAUUGUCGCGGAGACGGAUGAGGCUGCGCAUGCCAAGUUCGAGGAGUAUGCUAAGUAUGGAGAUCGCGAGGGCGCGUUGGCGCUGUUCGGAGGCUGGUCUGGGUAUGAUCUGUCAACGUACAGCGAUGAUCAGGACUUCCGGUUCGUGGAGCAGCCGGCGGUGCGGAGCAUGGUCAAUCACUGGGCCAGUACGGUGCCGGGGAUGGAAGGAAAGAAGUGGAAUAAGAAGACCAUUGCGGAUUAUUUGAUUAUGGGCGGCAAUGGAUGCAAGAUUAUCGGCGGGCCCAAGACAGUCGCGGACGAGUUGGAGAGGUGGGUGGAGGUUGCUGAUGUCGAUGGCUUCAAUCUCAGCUAUGCAAGCAUUCCAGAGACCUUCGAUGAUAUCAUCCAGUAUCUCGUGCCGGAGCUGCAGGCACGCGGUAUCUUCCACACAGACUAUGCUGUGAAGGGCGGGACGAUGCGCGAGAAUAUGACGGAGCAGAAGGGACAGACAAGACUGCCGGAAUCGCAUCCGGGCGCAAAGUAUUUCUGGCGUGAAGGAGAGGAGGUGCCCAAGUAUGCAGAAGGUCAGUAA